GGUCUGUCAGUGAUUAACAGUGCCUCGCCUAGAUUUAAAGUUAAUUAAUUUAAUUAUAUUAUUAUUUUCGAAAUGCUUCUAUUGCUUAUAACUUUAUUUAUUCCGGCCAGUCUCGUAGUGAUCUUUAGGUUUAUAAAUGCUAAGCAUAAUCAACCGAUCUUUGGAGUUUAUCAAGUAAAAAAUAAAUAUUACUGGUUUAAAUUAAUAAUAAUGUUUAUCAUUCUGAAAAUGAGACAGCUAGUGGCUCAUAUAAAGCACUUGAUGGCCAUUGAAUUAGGGGAAAGUUCAGAUGGCACUAUUCACAUCCACAACGACGAAAUUCGCUUGGAGGAGAAAUAUUUUCUAGGAGACAAUCCUAAGGCGAUAGAUGGAGUUUAUUUUAAUGGAAUGACCCGGAACGGAACUGCUGUGAUUUGCGGAAUUGCGCGAAGGGCUGGACAUGUUUGUGAUGCUUUCUUAUAUUUAAAGGUUGAAAAUGAAGAGCUCCUACUGUCUCCAUGUCUCCCUGACACGUACCAGGUACAAACAGUCCACGAAGCGGGAGAGUACAAGAUACAAGGGCUAGAAAUUAUCAACUACAUUCCCAUGCGAGCUUGGCAUGUCUCUUAUAAGGGCGAAAUGAAACUUCGCAGUAACCCAGAGAAACUUGUCAAGGUGGAGCUGCAAGCCACCUGGAGUGCACGCUGGUCUCCCUUUAACUACGACACUCAAAUGUCUGCACUUUGUAUGGCUAAAGACAUUGCAAGAGAGCAAUGGUCCCGGGACUACUUCAAAACGCUGAAAAAAUUACACCAAACACAUUAUGAACAAAUGGGUUUCCUAAAAGGCACAGUAACUAUCGAUGGCAAAGAACACACUUUGAACACGCCAUGUGUGAGAGACCACAGUUUUGGACCCUUCCGUGACUGGAAGACAUUCCACCGCUAUGUCUACCAUUUUAUUUUCCUCGACAAUGGUGAUUGCAUGGCAAUUGGAAUCGUUUCGCAGCCAGCUAUUUUGUCGCAUCUUACGAUUGGAUACGUUUGCCGCCACUCUGAUGGCAGCGUGUUUCCGAUCCAGUCAUGCGAUUUUAAACUUUAUCAGCACGGAGAAGGGCAAGUGCUUCCAAAAGACUACGGAUUUCUGUACAAAGCUGAUGGCAAGAUAAGUUCCGUUCGAGUGCAAGUGAAAGAUGAAGAAACAUUCUACAUCGGUAAAGACAGGGUUUCGAAAUUCUACGAACGCUGGUGCGACAUUGAAAUCGACGGAGUCAAGGGCUGCGCUUGCGUCGAAUGGCAGUACAAUAAUGUAGUAAAAUAGUAGAAAAAAUUUAGAUAAGAUAUGCUUAAGCCCGUAGUCACAAACGAUACUUGCUUAAGUGAAGCAGCAAAUCGAACGCACAACGUUGAAUAGAGUUCUGUGAUUGGUUAAUGUGUGAUCCUGUGCGGCCACGCGCACUGUGGGACCUCAUAGUAAUGUUUGUGAAUACGGGCGUUAGUCAAUAAGUAGUUUGUACAGUCGACCGCACAUCAUACUAUGCCGGGCAGGGGUCGCCAACCUUUUUGUGAUGGUAAAGCGAAAUUAAAAUUUGUUUGAAAAGAAUCCAGAUUUCAAAAGCCACUAAAACUUUCAUUUCGCAUUUUAUGUUAAACUUGAUGUGCCGUCGACUGUACGUAUCAAUUUAUUGGCCAAGUAUCAAAAAUAAUAGUCUUUUUAGCGAGAAAGAUAACUAUAUUUAGCGUAACAUUUCAAUAACUUAGGUUGUAAAACUUAUGUUUAUUCAUGAAAUAUAGACAGGAAAAUAUAUCAAUGCUACAACAACUUCAGCUAGCACUCGCUGGCGAAAUUAAAUUCACAUAUGAACACAGUAAUAGAUAUAUUACUGCGUAUGUCAUAUUUUAACAGUAGAGAAGUUAAAAGUAAUACAUAUUAAGUUUAAUUUGUUGUCUUCAUAGAGUCAAAGAGUGUUUGUGAUUUUAGAGGAUGGAUCAAUUAAUUUGCAUUUUGUAUUGUCUAAUACAAUUCAGCAAGUGCUUGCCUUUAAAAGAUAACAUGUCAUUUUUAAGUAAGUACAUUGUAAUUAAUUUAAUAAACUGAAAGAUUAAAGUGCGUUACUCGUCACAAAUCAGCCUUUUAAUUUAGUUCUUUACUUUUGCUUUUGUUAUGACUGAUAUAUCUUUAAUAAGGCUUUUCUUCUGUGUACUUCAACCUACCACAGUGACCAAUUUCCUCAAUGAAUUUUGAACAUUACAAUACAGACAUAAAGUUCAAAUGUCACUGAGGAAAUUCGGACUUCAUCAAGUUUAACCAUUCCUUAUUUUGAAUGACUAAUUGACCAUAAACCAUUUUAGCUUAGAAAGCUACAAUUACGACUUUGUGGUCAAUUUUAGGCGCAUUACACCACGAAAUAAGCUAACUUAGCUAAACUUAACUUCACUUUCGCGUGGUCCCUUUUCUAUUCCGUUUAAAUUACUUUAUAUCACUCUAACAAUAUCAAACAACGUUAGAUAAACUAAGUUAGCUUCAGGUGGUGUGAAAUGCGCCUUAUUACAUUAUUUAAAGCCUGAAACUCACCGGAUUCGUAAGCUUAAAUUUUAUGUACCCGUGUCACGUCCCGUCUUAUAAAGAUGAUUAAAAGAAAUGAUAUACAACUGAUGAUAAUAUAGUGGGCACAACCCUAAUAUCUAGAUUAGUGACGUCACACUUUCACAGUUUCACGUUUACGCGUAUGAAUCCGAUGUGUAUCAGCCUUAAACAGGUUUCAUUUAUCAAUUCCAAUUUCAUUUAACAACAGCUUUACAUAAAACGUGUGAAUAUCAGAAACGCCUUAAAUAAUGUGCAACUAUGAUAACAAGCGAAAAGAGUAUGUAAUAUGAAUGUAGGUAUAGAAUAUAAAUUCGAGUGUAUUAUAAACUUUCUGUAUGUAUUUUUAUUACAAUGAUCCUAUAACCUCUGCUAUUUAUAUUGUGAAAAAUAUUCACAUAGAAAACCAUUAAAAAUAUUUUAUAGGCAUAUUAGACAAAAUAUUGAACAUUUAUGUAAGUUACUAGUAUCUAAUAAAUACCUAUAGGCUAUUAGCACAAAAAUACAAAAUUCUAUGCAAGUACAGUCAGCAACAUGUUAUUUACAUAUGUAUUUCUGUUUGGCUAAAAAUAUAACAAUGAGAAAUACUAAGUAUGUGUGUAUUUUUUGAAAGUUGAUAAUUAUUAUCAGUAUACUUUUUUCGCUGUUUAUUUCAUUAGCAUUUGCAUAAAAACAGAUAAAAUUACAAAAAAAGAAUUUGCCAAGGCAUUGUUAGACUAAUAUUUUUUAUGAAGUUCCAUUAAAAAAAAAUUACACAUUUUCGAUUUCUUGUGCGUUUGUUUUUAUUAUGCUGACUGCACUUAUGAUUUGACAUAAUAUGACAUUUAGAUGAACCGACUGUGAAGUACAAAUAAUAAUACUUGUAGAUUUAUAUGACUAGUACUAUAACAAAUGGAAGACAGACUGAUUUGUUCCUCCUGCAAAUACUGAAAUGAUUAUAAGUUAGCGGCCGUGAUUUAUUUAUAUCUUUGGAUGGUACAAAUAUAAUAACUAUGAUACUAUGGUAGUAUAUUAUCUAGUAAUAAUAACUCAUUGUAGCAAACUAUCAGAAUGUCAAUUUCAGCAGGUAAUAAUUAUUUUCUGCAAAUGUAAACUUACAUGACAGUUUUUUUAGAAAGGACAUCUUUUUGAAGAAUUUUGUUUCUUAGAAUUAUUUCAAUUUAACUAGCAAACUAGAUCAUAUCGAAAUCAAGACACCAAAAACUUUUUGGAAUACUUCACUUUAUUACCCUUUACAUCUACUAUCUACUGUUUUAGUCUGAUCUAUCUACGUCACACAACAACAAUAUUUAGUAGUAAAAUAUUACUGAUUGGCCUUUAAUUGACAGUCGUUUGACCAAUCAGUGGUUAAGUUAGUAACAGUAAGUCAAUAUUGACUUGAUUUUAGACAAUACUGCUAAAGCAUACAGUAAAUUUUGAAGACAAAAGAAUACAACUGUUAAUUCAUACAUCUUUAGAUUUCACAUCUGUUGAAAAAUAUAUUGAUUUGUGAAUACUUUAUUUAUUUGGACAAUUGACACCACCAUCAACACCCCAUAGAAUCCCAUAGAUUGAAAUAAGUUGUAGUUACUUUAGAAUAAAAUGUUAGUCAAUGGUGUCAACUCCUUUUUUCGGUAAAUAAUCAAUAAAAAUAGACAAAGUAAUGAAAUAAAUAUUACAAAAUUAAUGAGAUAAAUCAAGAUUUAAUCAAAAUAAUUGUAUUUUUCGUCUUUUACAGUACACAUACAUUAAGAAACUAUCAAAUUCCCACUCUUUUCUUUUCCCAAAAACCCCAACACCACACUCUUACUUAACUAACGAACAAUAUGUAUACCUUCAAGAUAGUUAAUUUCUUAGAAACGUCUAAUAUACAAACUUGUAAACUUGUGACUGGUUUAAAGUUUAGAAUACAAAAGAAAUAUUAAAGUCAGCAGUUGGCGUCGCAUUGUCGAUUUUUCGUUACCACUUCUUUAUCAGUGGCAAAUAAUAAAUAAGUAAUAAGACUUAUAAAUAAUCUGGAACGACACUCCAAAGUGGGAAAAAAAGCAUUUUUACCAAUACGUCUGUUCAAAUAACCGCAUAACAAGCUUACACUGUCUCUUAUGUGAGAACAGCAUAACAAGCUUACACUGUGCUCUUAUACAGUUGUAAUAGCAGCCAUUUUGCAAUAAAAAUGUAUGGACUGAUGUAGGUACUUUCGACAGUACAUUGUUAUUUUAACAUCGUUUCGGAAUAAACGCCUUACAAAAAAUUACAAAUCACGACGCAAACCGCUACGAUUAACACUUCUUUUAGUUAUUAAUAACAUAAACAUAUUACUACGGUCUUUUGUGAUAUUUGGAAUGGUUUCGAGACUAGAACCAGUAAAUCACAGCACCCAAUCAAUACGAAAUGUUUAAAACACUUCAUAAGACGGUCUACAUAACACAGUGUUAAGGCAGGAAACAUCGAGUUUUGUAUUAUAAACAUUACAAUAUAAAUCUACGUAGUAUAAAAGCUCAAUGCUACGAGGGCUUCACCCUUAUAGUUGAAAAUUAAAUGUAUAUUAAGACAUUUACCUGCGGUUGUCAAAGUUUUCAUUCAUAAUUUAGAAUUAUGUGUUAUUAUUAUCUUCAAUAUAAUAAUAUUUUUCAUAAAUAGUCAGUAAUACGAGUAUAAACAGCGAGUUCGCGUAGGUACUAAAAAUCAUUCGCUCGCGAACAUGCGAUGUAUCGAAAUUAAUGUUCGCUGUCAAAUUGACUAGACGUCACGUGACGUAUAUCCGAAUACGUGACUAUAUUGCCACUACUGCUUUUUAAAGGUCGUGACUAGAAACGCACCCGUGCACGUUUUUAAUUGUUUUUGCCUUAAGACAGGGCAAUAAGGUUCAGAUUUCAGAACAAUUUAGUAACUAUAUUGCCACUGUCUGUUGGAUGCUUUUCCUCCCACCCAGACACUUCUACGAUCAUGUUUUUAACCCAGGAGCCUCUAUUAAGUGAAUUUUAAUUCAAACCC